AUGGAGAUAAACCACACUUGGGAUGAGGCUUACUUACCCAAAGCGAAACUCCACACUGUCCAUGUGGUUCUCUCAUUGGCUGCCAACUUGGAUUGGGAACUGUGGCAAAUGGACGUCAAGAAUGCAUUCUUGCAAGGCGAACACGAGGAUGAAGUACAGUCACCAAGAGCCUGGUACCAUAAACUGAGUACCACAUUGCUUGGGAGAGGCUUUCACAAAUCAGAGGCUGAUAACACCCUCUUCACACUACCAAGUGAAAAAGGUAUUGUAGUCAUUUUAGUAUAUGUUGAUGACAUCAUCAUAUCUGGAAGUGACAAGGUAGGCAUUAAAGAAACUAAAGGCUUUCUUAAAUCAGUCUUUGCCAUCAAAGAUCUAGGAGAGCUUAAAUAUUUUCUUGGGAUAGAAAUAUAUAGGUCUAAUGAGGGUUUAUUUCUAUCACAAAGGAAAUAUGCUCUUGAUCUUUUAAGUGAAGCAGGGAAACUUGGAACCAAGGCAGUAACAACACCACUUGAAGAAAGCUAUAAGACAGGAGGAAAGGGGGAGCUUGAGACAGCUCCAUUCGAAGAUGUUACAAGAUAUCGGCGAUUAGUGGGUAAGCUCAUAUACCUUACCAUUACUCGACCUAAUAUUUGCUUUGCUGUGAACCAGGUGAGCCAGCACAUGAAAAAUCCAACAAUACAUCAUUGGCACAUGGUGAAUCGGAUCCUCAAGUACAUCAAAGGUGCACCAGGGCAAGGCAUUUGGAUGGGAAGGAACGAAAACACGGAACUAGUGGGCUAUUGCGAUGCUGACUACGCAAGAGACUGUGUGGAUCGUCGAUCAACCACAGGAUAUUGCACAUUCUUAGGAGGCAACCUUGUGACAUGGAAAAGCAAGAAACAAAAAGUAGUAUCGCUAUUAAGUGCUGAAGCCGAGUGUAGGGCCAUGAGAAAACUAACUACCGAGUUGAUGUGGCUUAAAGCCUUCUAA